UUCGUUUUGAGGUUAAACAUUUUAAAUAGCCGAUGUAAACAAUCGACUUUCUGGGCGAUUUAUGUUUAUUAUUACAAGAUUUGUCUUGUAAUAAAGGACGCGGAACAACAAAACUUAAAUUACAUAAACAAAGAUGUAGAUUUCAAAAGAAUUUUGGACUAACUUUUAUAUAAACGCAUCCGUGAGAUUGUGCACUGUUUGUGUGAGGCUGAUGCAAAAUGGCUGAAAAGAUCUCAAAUAUCCUUCACUCCUGGUGCACUGAGGCCAUUGCAUCAAUACCACUGACUGAUUUAGAUAAGUUUGAGUAUUCUCAUGACAAUGUUGAAACAGUUAAAUUAUUAUACCCAUCGACCCACAAGAUCAUACCCACCUCCAGUCUGGCUUCAGGUAAAAAUAUUACAGUGGCCGAAGCACAAAAGGUCAAAGGCAAUCAGUUUUAUGGGAAAAAGGAUCUCAAAAAUGCUCUGGCAGCAUAUAAUGAAGGGAUCAUUGUGUGUCCUCAAGACACAGACGCUGGUAAAAAAUUGCUUUCCAUUUUAAUUUCCAACAGAUCUGCUGUGAAUUUUGAAAACAAUGAACAUAGAUUGGUUCUGAAGGACAUCCACUAUAUGAGCACUUUAAAUAGUUAUCCCGACAAUUUGUUGUGGAAAGUACGUUUGCGCCAGGCCAGGUCGUACGAUGCCUUACGCAACACAAUCUUAGCCAAUAAAUGUUAUGAUGAGGCCGUUGAUUUGCUACUAAAACAUGCGGAUUUAGAUGACAAAACUAAGAAGGCUAAACAGCUUGAAAUUGAGACGUUAAGAAAAAAAGGUAUGAAGCCAAUCGACGACUUCAGUGAGGAUACAACAGACUUUGAUAAAUUUAAUAGGAAUCCCCAGUACGUCAAUUUGCUGGAAGACGUAACUAUAAUGGAAACUGAAGAACUGGGUAGAUAUGCGGUUGCCAAAAAAGAUAUUCCACUUGGGUCUAUUAUUGCAUGCGAAGAUCCUUAUGCUUCCGUCGUUACUGCAAGCAAUGCAUUAGUAAAUUGUCAGCAUUGUGUAACAUCAGUGGGAGUUCCAGUGGCAUGUCGCAACUGCGCACACGUUGUUUUUUGUAGUAUUGAAUGUGAAAAUAAGGCGAAUGACGGAUAUCAUAAAAUAGAAUGUGCCCUUUCUCCAAUACUAGCUGCGGCACAGGCCUCAGUUAAUUGCUGCCUAGCUCUAAGAAUUAUAACACAAAAUCCGUUAAGCUUCUUUAAAGACCAGUACAAAAAAUUCAAACCAUAUUUAAAACUUAACUGCCAAAAGAAACGUAUAAAUAAGAAAGUGUACAAAUCUGACGACUACGACAACUUAUUUUUCCUCUGCAGGAACGAAUCGAGCCGUCCAAAGAGCGAAUCUUUGCAUUUUAUGAUGAUAGCGAGUUUUUUGCUCAAGUUGCUGAAACAAACUGAAUACUUCGGUGAGAAAUCCCCGUCCGAAAAAUUGACUGAAAUCGAAGCCUUCAUUGGAGCUCUUAUUUAUCGGCAUCUUGAAAUACUCCAGUACAACGCCCAUGACAUUUCCGAACUUAGGGACGUCCCUAAUCCAGUGGCUGUGCAGGACAAGAAAACGUAUUAUGAAAAUUACACUGUGGGGGCUGGAAUAUAUCCCACCAUGUCCCUGUUCAAUCACUCCUGUGAUCCUUCUUUAACUAGGUACAAUAUAAAAAACAAAAAGAUAUCCAGGUCGGUGAAACCAAUUAAAGCUGGAGAUGUGAUCUAUGAGAAUUAUGGCAUGUGCUUUACACUUGACCCGUUAGAAACUAGACAAAAUACUCUUCGUCAGUCAUAUUUAUUCAAUUGUACGUGCCAAGCAUGUACAGAGAACUGGCCUUUGUAUGAAAAUAUGUCGACGAAUAUAAAUGUAAAAUGUACCAAUAAACGAUGCACCAACACCUUUGUAAUUGGCCCAGAACAAGCGCCAGUAUUAGUGUGUCCAAAAUGUAUGAACGGCACCGUCUUUAAACCUCUUCAAGCACUUACGACAUUGCACGACAUUUUGAUACAGGCUGAAGAAUAUUUUCAGGCGAAGCAAUUUCAGAGAGCAUUGGACUCCUUCACCAAAAGUCUGAGUAUACUGUAUCAAUAUACUGUUCCUCCGGGCCUCGAAAUAUCGAGGAUUAAAAAACGAAUAGUGAUAAUAAUGAUUCAUAUGGGCAAUAAACAAUAUGGUUACAAGGGUAAUUUGUCUCACAUUUAAAAUAACUACCUAAAUGAGAUGUUGUAUAUCAAAGUUUUUUAAUAGUUGUUGUUGUGUAUUUAGUUAUAUUUUUGACUUAGUUAUUUUUAAAGCAGGGCAGAAAAUAAAUUUUCUUCAUAAUCUAAAUAAGUACUUAUGUAUUAAGAGUAAAUAACUUAUGCCUUAUAUUCUUUACUACCCAAAAGGAAACAUCAGUUGGUAAAGGAGCCUCAGAAAAUAUGUUUAAGACCUAUCUAAGAGGUUUUAAGCUGCACAAUGUAGAGAAUACCAUACUAUUAAAGUUAAUUUUUGUUACGUCUAUGAAUGUACGAAAAUUCUGCCCAGCUUUAGUGUUAUAUAUUUCUGUAUUUGUGUUAGUGUUCUGUAAUAUAUUGUAUUAUGAUUUUGCUUUGUAUUAUUGUUUGGAUGUAGCCAGAGCGCCGAUUAAAUUAACUUAUACGAUUCAUGUGUAUGCGACGAGGCAAUAAGAACAUUGACAAAUUAAGAUUUAAUAAAAAUAUAUGAAUCUGCGCUGUGGAUAUAAAUAUAAUAGAUCGCAUGUUAUUUACGCUCUGAUUGCUUUACAAGUGUAAUAAGUAAAUAUUUGGCUAGACGCAUUUUUUGUAGAUUGUUAAAAUUUGAUUAUUUACUAUGUAUGUGUAGUCAACUCCUAAAAGUGUGAUCAUAAUUUCCUUUAAAAUAUCCAAGCGGUUUUUUAUCCUUUUUGGCUAUAUUUUAUCUAGGACACUCGAAUUUCCAAUAAAUUAAAACUAUCUCAGGCCGGAAUUUAAACAACGGUAAUUAAAUAAAAAAUUAAAAAUGAAUUAUGUAAAUCUAAUCUAACAAUAAGAUAAUAAAGUUUGGUAGUUUUGCCGUUAG